AUGGGUGUGCUGUGUGCCAAGCUGCGCCGCUACUCCUACUCCUUCUGCUGCUGUGUUAGGGGCUUGCCGAUACCCGAAGAGUUCCAAGUGCUGCUUCUGGGACCCGCGGGCAGCGGCAAGACGGAGCUGGGCCACCGAGUGAGCGGACGAGAGCGCGACUGCGAUGAUAUGAGUCCCACCAACGGAGUGCGAUGCUACCGCAUGGAUUCGGCGGGUGUGCAGCGCGAGGAGUGCGCUGUGAGGCUGCAGCUUACGGAGGUCGGUGGCAAUGCAGAAAUGCAGCGCCUGUGGAAGCACUACUACGCGGCCAGUCAUGCACUGAUCUACUGUUUCGAUCUCGGUUCGGGCAUGGAGGAACUGGAGGACACGUUUGCGCUGCUGCGCAUGUGCCUCCAGGGCACGGCUCUGGACGGAAAGCCUGUGCUGCUGGUGGCCAAGCGACACCGCGAUGGAGUGCAGCUGUACGACGUGGAGCACACCUUUGGACUGGACCAGCUGGCACGCUCCUGCGGCUGCCCCCUGCACAUCUGCCACAUGGACGACGCCAGCAAUCUGGAGCACGGAAUCGUUUGGCUGUGCCGCCAGCUAGUGGCGCGGCGUCCCAUGCUCGAGAAGCGCGUCCGCUACGACGUUAACAUGCAGGUCUGGCACCGACGCAAGAAGUCACUCCUUUCCAGCAGCAAGCUGGCCCAAGUGCAUCGCGGCCGUUUCCGUCGCCCUCACAGAAAGCUCUGGCCCGCAGUCGAUGGGGCUAAUCAGGCAACGGCGCGUCCCAGUACGGCUCCGCCGACCGUUUUCUUGGUUCGCUUGCGACAAGAGGCAGCUCCAAAUACAGAGCAAGCGGCCCCUUAGGUUUCUGCCACGUGUCCGGAUCCC